CUUUUCUUCUCCGCCGAUGCUGCCAGACCUGCUGAGUUUUUCCAGGUAAUUCUGUUUUUGCCCAAAAUCCUCUCUGCGGGUUGGAGCGGCGCACGCGCAGUGGGUUAGAGUAGGAGGUCGUCGAGCGGGACAGUUGGUGCAUCCGCUGCCGUUAUCUGUUUAUUUUUGCAGCCGGCGUGGAGGAGGUGCAGACGCUGUCUGCGGGGACGGGCAAAGAGAAAGCCGCAGGUUCCAAACAGCAUCUUGCUCUUCCUCUGUGCAGAAUGUCAAGGAACAGUUAUAGGCUUACUGCAACAUGCUAAAAGCAAGGUGAAAUGUGGAAGUAGCAAAACUAUUUUGAGAUGAAGACAUGCAGAGUUGACAUUUAAUAAUAGCAGCAAACCAAUCUUGCUGUACGUACCCCUUUGGCAACAUACUACUAGCAAUCUACCAGUGCUAUGUAAUAACGGGGCACUAGAUGUGAAGAAGUGGUCUGUGUUGUCUAACUUGACAUUUCGGUUUUUGCUUGAUGAAGCUAGGGGUUUGCCGUGUGCAUGCUUGCUAGCGUGAAUCUGCCUCCAAUACUUAUGUGACACCUUUCAUGGAAAUCCAAACUCCUAAAAACAUCAUUUAUCUGAUUAUUCACAUAAAAGAAAGAACGUGCAGCUUGAACUCUUGAAGAGAUAUAGAGACUGGCAAAAGGAAAAAAAAAAUUACUCAUGAAAAAAUGUCAACAAAUGAACAAAGCCCACGGCGCAAUGUUAAAGCCAGAUCCCUGCAGCGAGCUUCAACAUUUGAUAUGUCUUCAGAUAUGUUAAGUUUAUCUCUGGCAGCUACCAGCCAGGAUCCAGAUGAACCCAUUUUGGAAUUUAGUUUAGCUUGCAGUGAAUUGGUCACUCCCUCCUUGGACCGGAAGCCAAAUAGUUUUGUAGCAGUAAGCGUGACGACCCCUCCACAAGCCUUCUGGACAAAACAUGUACAGACUGAAAUUAUAGAGGGUACCAACAAUCCCAUAUUUCUAAGUAGUGUUGCAUUUUUCCAGGAUUCUCUCAUUAAUCAAAUGACGCAAAUUAAACUUUCAGUGUAUGAUGUCAAGGACAGAUCUCAGGGAACUAUGUAUCUGUUGGGUUCUGCAAUGUACAUUGUAAAGGAUUUGCUGAAAGAAAAGAAUCACAGAUUGCACCUAACACUACGGUCUGCCGAAAAUGAACGAGUGGGCAAUAUCACUGUCAUAGCUUGGCAGAUGGAAGACAAAGUUGAAGGCAAGAUUCCUGUAAGCAGAUCACCUGACACCACUAAUGGAAGGACUGUUUUGCCAGUUGAUGAAAGUUUGACAGAGUCUUUGAGUAUUCGCUCAAAACACCCUUCACUGAAGAAAGAUGCGCUAUUAAGAUCAGUGUUUGGAGGGAUUAUCUGUCGGAUGUACCGUUUCCCUACAACAGAUGGGAACCAUCUAAGGAUAUUGGAGCAAAUGGCAGAGAGCAUGUUAUCGCUUCAUAUCCCCAGACAAUUUGUAAAACUGGUUAUUGAAGAGGAUGCAGCAAGGAUAUGUGAGCUGGAUGAUCUGGGUGAGCUAUCACCCUGCUGGGAGAAUCUUCGACGACAAAUUGUUACUCAUUACCAAACACUCAUAAUAAAUUACCAGGAGAAUUUAACAGAACUGCACCAGUAUAAAGGGCCAUCUUUCAAGGCAAGCAGUUUAAAAGCUGACAAGAAAUUAGAAUUUGUACCCACUAAUUUACACAUACAGCGGAUGCGGGUUCAAGACGACUCUGGAACAGAUCAGACCUAUGACAUCAUUACUAUUGGAGCACCAGCAGCUCACUGCCAGGCCUUCAAAACCGGCGGCUUAAGGAAACUUCUGGUCAAGUUUGUGGAAGCCAAGAAAAAUUCAUCGUCUAGCUCCCAGUCUAUAGUAUACAUACCACAAGACAUAAUAAGAGCGAAAGAGAUUAUAGCAAGCAUUAAUACCCUUAAAACACAAGUCAGUUACUAUGCAGAACGACUAUCAAGAGCAGCCAAGGAGAGAUCGACAAACGGCCUUGAAAGAACACUUGCUAUUUUGGCAGACAAGACGAGGCAACUUGUCACUGUUUGUGACUGUAAGUUGCUGGCAAAUGCAGUUGAAGCCCUUAAUGCUGCCAGACCCAAUUAUAUCGCUUCUAAAUCAUCCCCGUCAGGGGAAGCAGACCAGGUGAUGCUCAGGAAUGACCAGGAUACACUCAUGGCCAAGUGGACAGGCAGGAAUAGCCGCGCCUCCCUACACAUUAGUUGGCACGAGGAGGAAUGGGAGAAGGUGUGGCUUAAUGUUGAUAAAAGUUUGGACUGUAUUAUUCAGAGAGUAGACAAACUUCUGCAGAAGGAACGGUUACGCAGUGAUAGCUGUGAGGACGUUUUUCAGUGUGACACUACCUCUGCCAGCAAGAAAGGUAACCAAGAUUAUCGUGCAUACUGGAUAAAUCCAGGGGACUUAGAUGAGAAAUGUUCUCGAUCUCCACCAUCAUGUCGUUCUUCCAGUAACAGAGCUGCGUAUUGCCACUCCAAUGCAGAGGAGCCUACUGAAGGUGAGUGGAGUGAAGCACUUUAUCCUCUGCUGACCACACUCACAGACUGUGUAGCCAUGAUGAGUGACAAGGCAAAGAAAGCUAUGGUCUUCCUACUAAUGCAAGAUAAUGCUCCAACUAUAGCAAUGGACUUGACUAUCCAGUACCGCAGAGACGUGGUCUUUUGCCAGACAUUGACAGCCCUGAUCUGUGGUUUCAUUAUCAAACUAAGAAACUGCCUUCGUGAUGAUGGAUUUUUGCGCCAGCUUUACACCAUUGGUUUGCUGGCACAAUUUGAAGGCCUUUUAAGCACGUAUGGGGAGGAACUUGCUAUGCUUGAAGAUAUGAGUACAGGAAUUAUGGAUUUACGAAACGUGACUUUUAAAGUAAUCCAGGCAACAUCUGCUUCAUCAGUUGACAUGCUGCCAGUCAUUACUGGAAACCGAGAUGGCUUUAAUGUACGAAUCCCACUGCCAGGUGCUAUGUUUGAUGCCUUACCUAGGGAAAUACAGAGUGGAAUGUUACUUCGUGUGCAGCCAGUGCUAUUUAACGUGGGGAUCAAUGAGCAGCAAACACUGGCUGAAAAGUUUGGUGACACAUCCUUACAAGAAAUAAUUAAUGCAGAAAGUUUGGGGCGUCUGAAUUCCUACUACGAACAGUUCAAGGAGGUUUUGCCUGAUGAUUGUUUACCUCGAUCCCGGAGUCAGACCUGUCUACCUGAACUGUUGAGGUUUCUUGGCCAGAAUGUCCAUGCAAGAAAAAAUAAGAAUGUCGAUAUCCUUUGGCAAGCUGCUGAGAUUUGUCGUAGACUAAAUGGUGUUCGAUUUACAAGCUGUAAAAGUGCCAAGGACCGAACAGCUAUGUCGAUCACACUGGAACAGUGCCUGAUCCUGCAGCAUGAGCAUGGCAUGGCUCCUCAGGUCUUCACGCAGGCCCUGGACUGCAUGAGGAGCGAGGGAUGUCGUCGAGAAAACACGAUGAAGAAUGUUGGAUGUCGCAAUGUUGCAUUGCAUAUACAGAUUCUCUCCAGAUACUAUAUGGGACAUAGAAUUAAGAAACUCAAACACAUCUCUAACAUCAUUAGAAGACCAAGCAAUCGGAAUGGAGAUGUAAAUAGCUCUACAGGACGUGUGCUCAUUUUUAAUUUAGUUUGCAUCUUUUCAAUAGGGUAAUUUGUGCAACGUUGGAGUCUUAUUUCAAUUCAAAAGCAAGUGUCAAAAGUUUCUAUAGGUAGAAAAUGAUCUGCUUGGAAAACUAAAAGCGUCAUAAUUGAAAACAUUGUAAUAGAAGAAAACUAAGUUGUACUUGUACACACUCAAUUAUGUUGUAUUAUACUGGUAAAGUUUGCCAAUUCUGUAAAUUAACAGACAUGUAAUGCAUAUCUUAUUAGCCAUGUAGACUUGGGGAUGCAGUUAUGGUUUAAGUGACAUUUUUUAAUGUAUAUAAUGUAUAUGAAAAUAUCAUUCCGUCCAAAACUGUUUCAUGUAAUCUUUUUACAAAUUUUAUUUAUUUGUUUGCAGUAUCCAAACUGUUAUAAGCUUUUUACCAGUUGAAUUAUUUUUGUUUCCUCUGAUCACAUUAGAUUCAAGUAAGCUGUAUAAUGUGCUUCUCCAAGUGCUCAUCAAUGGUAUGAAAUAUUAAAUGAAACUGACAAGUU